AUGAAGCCUUUUAUUUCAAUAGUUUUUUCUUUACUUCUAUUUCCAAGGUUUGCAGUAUCAGAUUCAAACCAAGACAAAUAUAACAAUUGCGUAGUAAACUGUAAAGUGACAUGGUCAAUGCUUCCAUACGCAGAAACUGAAUAUCAUAUCGAAAAAUGCAUCAAAGAUGAAUGCGACCCUCUGCUUCAACCUGUAUUAAUCACAAAAGACAGUCAGAUCUUAGCUAACGAUCUAAGCUUGUCAGGACAAAAAAUAAUGACUGAAGCUUAUUUUUAUUCAAUAUUACCAUUCUCAAUCAUAUUUGUAUUUUUAUUUUGCAUCAUUUGCAAUUUUUUCUAUAAGAAAAUAAAAUUAGCUCAAAACCAAAUAUCUACUGAUGAGGAGUUCCAAACCCCUUAUUUUAUUUUACAAAUCUAA